AUGCCAAACAGAAAACCCACUUUUUUCUCCUUCUACAAAGCCCUUUGCUUCAUGGUUUUCACCAAUGUAGCUUUGGUAACGUCUAAAUCAACAAUCGAGCCAUGUUCGAACUCUGAUUCCUGCAAUGCCUUGCUGGGAUACACUCUCUACACCGACCUGAAAGUCGCCGAGGUUGCAACCCUCUUUCAGGUUGACCCCAUUUCGAUCCUCACGGCCAACGCCAUCGAUAUCUCUUACCCGGACGUCGAAAACCACAUCCUUCCUUCCCAACUCUCCCUUAAGAUCCCCAUCCUCUGUUCCUGUGUUGAUGGGAUUCGAAAAUCCGUUUCCACUCACUACAAUACCCGCCCUCAGGACACUCUUUCCUCAAUUGCUGAUUCGGUUUAUGCUGGUUUGGUGUCAGCUGAUCAGAUUAGGGAGGCCAACUCGAUUGCUGAUCCUUCUGUUCUUGAUGUGGGCGAGAAUCUUGUGGUUCCUUUGCCGUGUACUUGUUUUAAUGGGACUGAUAAUGGACUGCCGGCCAUUUAUCUAUCGUAUGUGGUGAAGCCAGUGGAUACUUUAGCUGGAAUUGCUGCGAGUUAUUCGACUACUAUCACAGAUUUGAUGAAUGUUAAUGCUAUGGGAAGUACUUCUAUCAAGGCUGGUGAUAUUCUGGCUGUUCCUUUAUCAGCUUGUGCUUCAGAUUUUCAUAAAUAUGCCUCAGAUCAUGGAUUGAUUGUGCCCAAUGGGAGCUAUGCUAUUACUGCUAGCCACUGUGUUCAGUGCAGCUGUGGGCCGGGGAGUAGCAAUUUGUACUGCAUGCCUGCUUCUUUGGCUGUUUCUUGUUCAAGCAUGCAAUGUAAAAGCAGCAAUCUCAUGCUAGGGAAUGUUACAGUGCAGCAAAGUAGUGCUGGAUGCAAUGUUACUUCUUGUGCUUAUGGUGGUUAUGUCAAUGGCACCAUUAUCACUUCGUUGUCAUCAUCUCUUCAACCUCGAUGUCCAGGACCACAGAAAUUUCCUCCCCUUGUAGCCCCACCUACUUAUGUAACACGGGAUUCAGUUUUUGCCCCAGCACCGGCACCCCAGUCAGAUGGUACCACAACAACAGUGCCCAAAAUUUCUACAGUUCCAUCUGGGUCACUUCCUGGACUUCCCCCAGUAGGUGCCCCUAUUGGAAGUUUAUCUGAUGCAUCCACAUUGGUGAAUUCGGUGGCUGUUCUUCCUACUGCACUUAUAGUAUACUUGCUUAUCAAAUUAAUCUCACCCUUAUCAUUGUAAUUUUGCUUGUCCGAUCUACUGGGGUUUUGUUUUGUAAGGUUGCUUAGUUUUUGACCUGUCCCACUUGGCUGUUGUAUGUAACUUUAUUCAUGACUGCAUUACAUUAUUGUGGUGGGCUUUCAGAUUGCACUAGUUAGUUAAUUUACUUGAUUGCGGAUCAUUUAGAGCAAUUCAUUGGCAGUUGCCUUUCUGUUCAUUAAAUCUGACCUUUAUGAAAUUUCUUGGAUGACUGCAAUGUCUUUGUAGGACUAAUAAUAUUUUUAUUGCCUUGUUUCUCGAUUUUCCUUGAAUUUGUGUGUUUUCUUUGUGGAUAUUAUAAAAGGGGAUAAUUGUUGAUUUUGAAUGGUGGGGUGGAUAUAAAUUUGUUUGUCGGGGUUGUCUUUGAGGCAUGCAAAAUGAAUAUUGUGUUUGCAGAAUGUUGCAAUAG